CAGAUUUCAGAUCAAAGAGUAGUCUAUUACUUCAGAUACCUUAGAACUACCGAUUCGAGGCAAAGUACUACCGUGUACCGAACGGUAGUAGAUGUGAAUUUAUUUCGAUAGACUGAUGGCUUUGUAAAAUCGUAAUUUUAUGAUCUACUCGUGAAUUAGCUUUAACUUCAUAUUUCUACAAUUAUGUCCGACAAAUGCUGUUUCUGUUGUACUAAUGUACAGUUUAUAUUACUUCAAUAAUGAAAAUGUGUCACCGCUCAUCAACAAAUGGUGUUAUAGCAGAGUGUUCAGUCGUCAUGUAAAGGAGGUUAGGACUUUCAAUUGAAAAUUAAGUGGUAGCUAGGCUUUUGUGGAGUGUUUGUGUAGUGAAGAAGUGAUAUUAUCUGGUGAAGGUGAUAAUUCAGACUCAAAAUGGCGGAUCUCGAGGCUGUGCUGGCCGACGUCAGCUACUUGAUGGCAAUGGAGAAGUCAAAAUGCACCCCUGCAGCUAGAGCCAGCAAAAAGAUUGUAUUACCAGACCCGAGUGUACGAAGUGUAAUGCAUAAAUAUAUGGAAAAGAAGAAUGAAGUAAAUUUUGACAAAAUAUUUAAUCAAGUUUUAGGUUACUUAUUAUUUAAGGAAUUCUGCGAACAAACGUCAGAAGAACCAGUGCCACAGUUAAAGUUUUACGAAGAGAUUAAAUUAUUUGAAAAGCAAGAAUGUGUCGAAGAGAGGCGGCGGAUCGCGAGGGAUAUUUAUGAUAAUUUUAUUAUGAAAGAACUCUUAGCUCAUUCCCAUGAUUAUUCUAAAGAGUGUGUAGCGCAUGUACAGAAAUAUCUAAUGAAACACGAAGUACCACCGAAUCUCUUUGAGCCGUACAUUGAAGAGAUUUUUCAACAUUUAAGAGGGGAGCCUUUUAAGAAUUUUCUAGAAAGCGAUAAGUACACGAGAUUUUGCCAAUGGAAAAAUUUAGAAUUGAACAUACAGUUAACAAUGAAUGACUUUAGUGUCCAUCGUAUUAUCGGACGAGGAGGCUUCGGCGAAGUAUAUGGAUGCAGGAAGGCGGACACGGGGAAGAUGUACGCCAUGAAGUGUUUGGACAAGAAACGCAUCAAGAUGAAGCAAGGCGAGACGCUCGCACUCAACGAGCGGAUCAUGCUCUCUCUAGUCAGUACGGGGGUGGACUGCCCGUUCAUAGUAUGUAUGACGUAUGCGUUCCACACUCCAGAUAAACUUUGCUUUAUACUGGAUCUUAUGAACGGCGGGGAUCUGCACUACCAUUUGUCGCAACAUGGCGUCUUUAAUGAGGCUGAAAUGAAAUUUUACGCUGCUGAAGUUAUAUUAGGUCUAGAGCACAUGCACAAGCGCCACAUCGUGUACAGAGAUUUGAAGCCGGCGAACAUCCUGCUGGAUGAACACGGCCACGUGAGAAUAUCCGAUUUGGGUCUCGCCUGUGAUUUCUCUAAGAAGAAGCCUCACGCUAGUGUCGGCACGCACGGCUACAUGGCGCCCGAGGUGCUCUCCAAGGGCACCGGCUACGACUCGUCCGCCGACUGGUUCAGCUUCGGCUGCAUGCUCUACAAGCUGCUCAAGGGCCACUCGCCGUUCCGCCAGCACAAGACGAAGGACAAGCACGAGAUCGAUCGGAUGACCUUGACAAUGAAAUAUAAUGUCUACCAGAAUGUGGAGCUACCGGAGUCGUUCAGCCCAAGCUUGCGGAGUCUGCUGGAGGGACUUCUGCAGCGUGAUAUCAAUAAACGACUUGGAUGUAAGGGCAGGGGCGCCGACGAGGUAAAAGAGCACGUAUUUUUCGCUGGCAUCGACUGGCAGCAAGUGUACCACCAGAAGUACACGCCGCCGCUGAUCCCGCCUCGCGGUGAGGUCAACGCUGCUGAUGCAUUUGAUAUUGGCAGCUUUGAUGAAGAGGACACUAAGGGAAUUAAGCUAACAGAAGCAGAUCAAGCUCAAUAUAAGGAUUUCCCGUUAGUGAUAUCUGAACGCUGGCAGUCAGAAGUGGCCGAAACGGUAUUCGAAACAGUCAACCAGGAAGCUGACAAGAUGGAGCUCAAGAAGAAGGCCAAACAGAAACAGAAGUUUGAUGCCGAUGAGAAAGAAUCCGAUUGUAUUCUUCACGGCUACAUCAAGAAAUUGGGUGGGCCGUUCGCCAGUGCGUGGCAAACACGUUAUGCCAAGCUCUAUCCCAACAGACUCGAGCUACACUUGGAGAAUAGUGCCAAACCCGAAAUGAUUCUGUUGGAUAUUGUUGAAGAUGUCUCCUCUGACCUGGUAUCGGUAAAGGGCGAACAGUGCAUUGUGCUCCGGACUAGGAACGAUACUAAGAUUGUCCUCACCAAUACGGACGAAAUUGGUCUCAAGGAGUGGGCACUAUCACUACGCUCAGCGCACAAGUGUUCCCAAGAGCUAUUGGCGUCCAUGGCGAAGAAGGCUGGUAAAAUCUACGGCACAGACGGGGCCAAAGAGUCGCUGGCCUUGGGCCGCCCGCCGCCGGCCGCCUCGCCGGCGCUCACGAGAGCCCCCAAUGGGAACAACUAGCACGAGCUUUCCGCGCCCAAUAAGGGCGCGAAGAUGUUCCGCCGCUCCAAGAGUGCGGCGCAACUUAUCAAGUGAACCGUUGUAUCGAGUGAACUGUGACGCGCCGGUCUCGUGAUCCUCGUGUAGUGUGAAGUGUAUGUGCCGUGGUUAUUGUUGUGCGAGUGCUGCUGAACACGAACAUGUCGCGGAUUGCCAUUGCGGUUCCCCGCUCAGCUAAGGUAAGCCAAUUUUGAAGCCGCCGCCGACGCUGGCUAUUGCGGCUCAUAGAGCCACGAACUAUAGUGAUAAUUAGGACUGCCAAUUAUUACUAAAUAAAUGCUGUUCGCAUUUUUUUAUUAUUGUACGAAUUAUGUGAUAGACCCGAUCAAAUUAACGGAAAUUAAUAAUAAUAAUGAAUAAACCCGAUUUUGUUUACCUUGCAGUAAAUUUUAAACUGUAAAAUGUUUUUUUUUAUAUAUAAAAUUGUUUGCACCAAUUGAACUUUGUAAUUAUAAAUGUUCUGGAUGUUGUAUUUAAAUGUGGUAGGUACUGUAAAGAAUAAUUAACAUAAUGUUGAUUAGAUAAAUAUAGCAUUUACAUAAUUAUCUGUUUUGUGCAAUAGGUCAAAAUUUAUAAAAAAAAUGUAAUUAUGAUUCCUAUGUAAAUUAACAUUAGAAUGUUGUGACAUUUUAAAGUCAAAAUUAAGUAACAUAUUAAUUAUUAUAGAUGCUUCAAAUAUUCAACUAAUAUUCUAAUUAGGAUUUAGCACACUGUUACAUCUCUGACUAUUGCACAUAGAAUAAUUUAAUCAAUAUUUUAUUAAACUACUGAAUUUUAUUUUAUACAUCUGAUGGCUCUCUUGUGCAAUUUUUUAUUAUGAAUAUAAAAGUUCCUUUUUAUCAUGAUACAGGACUACACCUUAUUUAUUGAACUGUACUUAAAUAAUAGAUUUUCCAUUCGUGUUAAUAACUACUAUAUCUUUAGUUUUCUUGUUAUUUAUUUACAUAGAAGUAAAUGUAAGUAGCUGUAAUUUUUUAAUCCAUUCAUGCAAAUUAUAGAGGCAAUAAACAACAUACAAAAUAAAAGUGUGACAAGUAACAACAAUAGUGAUAUUUAAUGUGUUUAGAGAAUUUUUUAAACAUUCACAUGUAUAGUUUACUGAAUAUACCAACAUUUUUCUACUGUUUUCUUUAUACUAUAGAAUAUGACUGCAGAUAAAUUAACCAUUGCAAUAAUGAUUCAACUUAAUAGAGGGCUUAUAUGCCUGAUGCAGAUUUAGAGAUACAUAAUAUUAUGCUCUUAUGUAAAUUUUAGACAUGUUCUUUUUUAUUAUAUGUACAUUAAGGGCAACACAAUUGUGCAUUGUAUAAAACAUAC